UGUUUGUUGGGUUUGGGCAAGGUUUGGGUGUCACAUUUUCAAGUUUAAAAAUUACCUCUUUUUCUGAACUAUUAUAAAAAUGAAUACUCGAAGUAUAUUUAAUAUGCGUAGACUGAUACGCCCUGCAAUAAUAUCUAGAAACAAGGGGACAUAUAAAGUAAUUAAGCGCCCGGAUCCAAAAACCCUGAAAAUGCCGACACCGGGAUCGGCUCCUAGUAUAAUGGACAUUAUAAAAGAGAAAAUUAGAUUGAAUGGGCCUUUAACUGUUGCUGAAUAUAUGCAUAUCAUUGUUACGAAUCCUACAGAGGGAUACUACAUGAAGAAGGAUACAAUAGGAGAGGCUGGGGACUUCAUAACGUCGCCAGAGAUCACACAGCUUUUUGGUGAAAUGGUAGCGAUUUGGUUCUGUGCAGAGACACAGAAAAUGGGACCUGGAAAGCCUCUGCAGAUAGUCGAACUCGGCCCAGGGAAGGGAACAUUGAUGUUGGAUAUGUUGAGGGUCUUACAUCGUCUAGGCUACAAACCCAGUGACAUCACUAUCCAUUUUGUGGAGAUCUCGGACACCAUGAGAUUAGUUCAGGCCAACAAUCUUUGUAUUGCACAUAGAGAAACUGAUAUUGCUAUGCCUCAUAAUUAUGAGGGCGAAACAGCAAGUGGAAUCAAAGUAUACUGGUAUAAUGAUCUGAAGAAAGUACCAAAAAAUUUCUCAUGGUAUGUUGCACAUGAGUUCUUUGAUGUCCUGCCAAUACAUAAGUUUGAGAAACGAGAAGAAGGUUGGCGGGAAAUCCUUAUAGAGUUGGAUGAAACCGGAAAACUGAACUACAGAAUAUCAGCCAAUGAGACUGCAUCAGUAAAAAUGUUAGUCAGACCUCCUCUAGAUGCUGGUGACCGAACUGAACUAGAAAUCAGUGCAAGGAGUUUAGGUAUAGGCAGACAACUGGCAGAGAGGGUCGAUCAGGACGGAGGGUUGGCUCUGGUAGCUGAUUACGGACAUGAAGGUGAAAAAGGAGACACAUUUAGGGCAUUCUACAAGCACCAGGUGGUGGAUCCCUUAGAAAUGCCAGGGCAAUGUGAUCUGACGGCCGAUGUAGACUUUUCUCAGCUCAGAAUAGCCGCUUCAAAAGCUCUAGACCGGGAAAACUACGCUAUUGUCGUAGGUCCCGUCAAGCAAAAAGACUUCCUUGAACGAAUGCAGGCAGAAGCACGCUUAAAGGUUCUCCUAGAGAGUGCAAAAGCAGAGGAGGAGAAAGACAAAAUACGAAGUGCUUAUGACAUGCUCGUGAAUCCAAAAAAGAUGGGCGAUAGAUUCAAGUUCAUGGCGUUCUAUCCUGCUUCAAUGGGAGAAAUAUUAGAAGCCCAUCCUCCCCUUGGAUUUUCAACUUUUGCCCCUUCCAAACCAGAAUGAACGAAGGGAUAAUGGCGCCUUUAGUAUAAAAUAGUUGUUGUUUAGGUAUUAUAAUUUGUUUUUAUUAUAUUUGUUUAUUGUUAUUUCAAUAAAUUAUAUAACUACUUA